AUGACCAAGCUUGGGGCCGUACCUGUCACGCCCAGAAACAUGUUGAGGCUAUUCAAGGCUGGCGAAUCGAUGCUUUUGUAUCCCGGAGGGGCGAAGGAGGCGCUCCAUCAAAAGGGUCAAGACUAUCAAUUAUUCUGGCCGGAAAAGGGCGAAUUUGUUCGUAUGGCCGCAUCUUUCAACGCGACGAUCGUUCCAUUUGCUGCCGUUGGCUCGGCCGACAGGUAA